GGCGGGGUCUGGGAAUGGGGCCGUCCAAUUAGGCCCAAAUCCAGAGCUGGCCGCAAGGGAUUCUGGAGGCUUCGUCCUCACCGGAUGCGCAUGCGCAAAAGUGCGCCAUAGCAGUAUGUGGAUUGUGGAUUGUUUAAAGUCCCUGUGAGGCCCAGGGUUCUUUGGUCGGUUGUGACUGUCAGCUACCAGCUUCUUCCAGCAGCCAGGACAGCGACUGCUGCAGUUCUUUUCGACUCUGGCACCAGGCCCUGGAUAACAGCUGUGCUCACAAGUAUCACCUGGGUCACGGGCAGUUGGGGAAGUGAGUGCGCAGAACUGGAAUCACGCUUGAGGGGGGCCACGCUGAAUGCACAGAUUCAGCUUGCUGGCAGUUGGCAGCUUCCAGCUCUGCUCUCCGCGGGCUCUGCCCUGGAAUCCAGUUUCUCAGGAUGCUAAAUUUUGGAUUUAUGUCUGAAGCUUCUGGAACUCUUCUCUUUAGUAUCAUAUAAACUGAUGCAGACCAUAAUGUGUAAAGUACAUGAGUGCUUAGUCCAAAUUUGAGAAGUAUUGCAAUCCCUUAGCAGGACAAAUCUGAACUACAGUGGGCAUUUGGUUUAGGAAGAUGGAGCCUCUGAACAAGUUCAUCACUGUCUCAGAACCUCAAAACCUGGCUCUGUGUGAACAGAGUGAGGUCUUAAGAGCAGAUAUGUCUUGGCAGCAGGAGAGCCUCCCUGUUAUAGACUUACAUGACUCUGAAGUGUCUCGCCGGAAGUUCAGACAUUUCCAGUAUUUCGAAGCCUCUGGGCCCCAUGAAGCCCUGAACCAACUCUGGAAGCUCUGUCAUCAAUGGCUGAGACCAGAAAUUCACACAAAGGAACAGAUCUUGGAACUGGUAGUGCUGGAACAGUUCCUGGCAAUCCUCCCUGAAGAACUCAGGACUUGGGUAAAUUUACACCAUCUCAAGAAUAGCAAAGAUGUGGUGACCUUCAUAGAGGAUGUCACUGAAAUGCUCAAAAACAAGGGUAUACCUUUCAAAGAUUCUUCCCCUCAGAAGAGCAACACCAAGGAGGAAAACAGGAAAGCUGACUCACUAACAGGCAAGCCUCAAGAACCAGUAACAUUCAGAGAUGUGAUUGUGGAAUUGAGUGAGGAAGAGUGGGGACAACUGGACUCUGCUGAAAAGAACCUGUACAGGAAUGUGAUGCUGGAGAAUUACAGGAACCUGAGUUCACUGCAUAAAGUUGAGAUCCCUGACUUGCAGAGUGAGAAAAAAAGAUGGAUAAUGGAAGGAGAAAUCCCAAGAAGGACCAUUGUGGACAUGGACACUAUUUCACAAAACCAAGAUUCAAUUCUAAAGCAGAAUGUUUCUUUAGAAGAAUCAGUUCAUGGCAUAAUUAUGACAGUGCCUGCCAAAAAUGUACAUUGUGCCUUCCACAAAUGGAGAGGUAAGGAUCAGUUUCAUAGGAACCAGGAAAAGCAAGACACAAAUUUGUCACAAGAAGAUUUUGUUCAUAUGACAGUUGGCAGUGAAGAAGGGGACUCUGAGUAUAACGACAAUAAGAAAAGCUUUAUGUCAGUUAACUCUGUUUGGGAUAUACAACCAGAAACAUCAACAGAAAUGAGGUUCCCAAAUGGCCGUAAGUUUACAACUAAUUUCAAGUUUAAUUCAGACUCUGUGGAUAAGCCACAUUCAGAAUAUAAUGAAUGUGAAAAUGCCUUGGGCAUUAAUACACAUAUUAUUCAGUCCAACAAAAGACAUAUUACAGUGAAAUCCUAUGAGUGUUAUCAAUGUGGGAAAGCCUUUAGCCGAAGUUCAUCCCUCAUUAGACAUCAGAUCAUUCACACUGGAGAGAAACCCUAUAGAUGCAAUGAAUGUGGGAGAUUCUUUAACCGACACACAAGCCUUACAAAACAUCAAAAAAUUCAUAUGCGAGCAAAGGCCUCUGAAGAAAAUACAUCUGGAAUAGCCUUCUGUAAGAGUGAAAACAGACUCCAUUCUGGAGAUAAUCUCUAUCAAUGUGUUGACUGUGGAAAAUCAUUCAACCGUAGUUCCUCCCUUAUACGACAUCAAAUGAUUCAUACGGGAGAGAGACCAUUCAUAUGUAAGGACUGCAAGAAAACUUUCAACCACCGUUCAAACCUUCUUAAACAUCAAAAACGUCAUACUCGAGUAAAUACUGGAAAGAAAGAAACACUGGAUUACCUUUAG